AUGACCAAAAGGUUUGCACCAAAAAAGUCGUAUUUCGAUAUUGUUCAUGUUGAUUCAAAGACAUUAAAGGCACCAUUAAAGAAUCAACAACUUUUGAUUCUCGAUCUAAAUGGCACCCUUGUGUCGAGAGUACGAAAACGCUCGAUGUAUGUUCGUCCCUAUAGUAACAAAUUUUUUAAUUACAUUUUCGAUAAUUUUGAAAUCAUGAUAUGGUCAAGUGCUCAGCCAGAUUCAGUUCAUAAUAUGUGUCGUAUGUUUCCAAAGGAAAAGAAGGAAAAAAUAUCCCUCAUUUGGGAUAGAAAGAGUUUUGGCUUGUCUACAAGAGACUAUCAUCAAAAGGUAUUAACGAUAAAAGACCUGGAUAAAGUAUGGGAACAGUUUGGUGGAAGAUAUGAUGCAACCAAUACAAUUUUAUUAGAUGAUUCACCGAAAAAGACACAAUUACAGCCUUACAAUUCUAUUCAUCCUAAAGAAUUUGAUCAUAACUCAAAGGGAUUUAUUUUAAACGGAGAUUCUGAAUUAUUACAAAUUUUAGAUUACUUGAAAGUUUUACAGUUUCAAAGUAACGUGGCAAAUUAUAUUAAAAAUCAACCUUAUAAAAAAAGAGAAGAAAAUAGAACAGAAGAAGAAGAAGAGAGUCAUUUAGUAGAGUUUUACGCUUUUUCUGAUGAUUACGAAAAGCCUGAAAAUAGACUACGACAACAAAAGAAGAAAGGAGAACCAGAAACAAUAACUGUCAUAACAGAUAAAAUGUCAAAUUUAGCAGUUUGUUAA